AUGGAUUCUUUCGACACCCCAAUUGUCUCGGAAAUCAAUGUUAUAACUUUGAAUUGCUGGGGUCUUAAGUAUUUGGCCAAGUUUAGAAAUGAACGUCUGGCAGAAAUAGGGAAGCGCAUCGGUGCUGCAGAUCCAGUGCCACAAAUCGUCGGUUUACAAGAGUGUUGGACACAAGAAGACUACCAAAGCAUUCGGAAACAGACCAAGCACAUUUUACCUCAUGGAAAAUUCUAUCAUAGUGGAAUAUUUGGCGGAGGUCUCGCAAUCUUGUCAAAAUGGCCGAUAGAGGAGAGUUCAAUGUUUCGCUACCCUCUCAAUGGUAGACCAACAGCUUUUUUCAGAGGCGACUGGUUUGUCGGAAAGGGCGUCGCAUGUGCGAGGAUCCGAUAUGGACCAGGCUUGAAAGAUAUUGUGGAAGUGUUUACUACACAUCUUCAUGCUCCCUACGAAGCCGAACCAAACGAUUCAUAUAUAUGCCACCGGACAGCGCAAGCUUGGGAAAUAGCAAAGCUCAUACGUGGGGCUUCGGAACGCGGGCAUCUUGUUCUUGCGCUCGGAGACUUUAAUAUGAUACCACUAUCCCUAGCCCAUCGACUCAUCAGUACCCACUCUCCGGUUCGGGAUGUUUGGCUAUUGUUACACCCCGACUCUUCACUUGGAGCAGCGCAGGAUCCGGUCGAAAAAGCUAGACGACGACCAAUACCUACGGCUAACUUUAAUGUCACCGAGAACGGCGCAACAUGCGACAGUGUAUACAAUACGUGGCGUUGGAGCAAAGAUCAGCAGAAGCUAUUGGGGCCAAACCGACCACCCAUCGAGGUCCCAGGAGACAGAAUAGAUCCAAAAGCUAAGAGACUGGAUUACAUUUUUGUGAACACCACGUUUAACCCUGCAAACCCGGCGGAUGGAGGAUGGGUGGUCAAAUCGACGAAGGUUGGAAUGCUAUCUCGACAUCCCGAGUUGCAGUGUUCUCUGAGUGAUCACUUCUCUGUUGAGACUACGUUGCUACAUUCGAGAUCAUUGGAAACUGAGAUGAAGGAGGACGAAGAAUCCGCUAUGCAGAAUGGAGUGUAUUUGUCGUCGCCAACUUCAAGCGAGUUCAAGUCUGUCUAUGACCAAUUCAAGUUCAGCGCGCCGCAAUUCCUACCCUUACAGACAUAUGACGAAAUUUUGGCAAUGAUCAGCAAAUACCGUGCUCGGGAAGCUAAACAACGUCGAUAUCGUUUGUAUCACUUCGGAGGGUGGCUGGUAGUGAGCAUUGGAUGUUUGGUUGCGGUCUGGUGGAGCCCUAGGAACUACGUUUCGUUCAUUUUAAUGUUGCUUAGUACUCUUGGGCUGAGCGCGGGAGUGAUUGAUGGCCUCAUCGGUGGCCUAUUUGUUGGCAGUGAAAUCAGAGCAUUGAAGGAGUUCGAAUGGGAAAUCAGCAAUGCGAGAGCUGCUGCUAGUGGGGAUCCCCACGAGUUCGCUGAAGAAGGUAUUAAGGAUUGGUAA